AAAACACAUUAGUUCACUUUGAUAGAAAUUAAAUACAAACAAUGAUGAAGACAUCACUGGAAGUCUUGAUAAUAUUUCUUUUCUUUCCGUUGUCAUGGGGACAUCUUUGUUUAAUACAUCCACUACAGAGAGGUUCUAUGGAUAUAACAAUGAGUGGAAGUAAAACAUGUUUUCGUCACGGACCCGAAUGUGGGGGACAGCCACCGGAGACACCAGUUAAGUGGUUUAUGGGUGGCAAACAAAUGUGGAUAAAGUGGCAGCAAAAUUAUAAUCAUUACGAUGUAGGAUAUCCAGGGUAUAUGGACGUGGCGUAUGCACCGUUGAAUUCAUCGAACUGGAAAACUAUAGCUUAUGUGUCAGAUGAGUAUUUCUAUGCUCAGGAUCACCAAAGAAAUUACACAGCAAUAGUUGUUCUUCCAAACAUUGAGUGUGCUCAUUGUGUAAUUAGAGCUAGGUACCAGUCACACAAACCAGGAGAAUCGAUAUUUUACCAGUGUUCGGAUAUUGUAAUAAAACAAACAUACGCAGAACAAGAACAAGCAAAGCUAAUUCCACCACAACAACAAGACCUGGACACUCAGUAUGGAUCCAUAUUGAAAAAAUAUAACAAUUUAAAAAGAAAACACGUUCGUUCUCAGUUCAUCGAUCAACAUUGUUUUAUUGGAUUUUCAUACAACCGCUUAACUCCUUUUGAUGGUUUCUUAAUGAGUGUGAAUUUAAGGACAGGCGAAACUAGAGAAAUGGAAGAAUUUUAUAUCAAUAUUGCCCUUAGACAAAAACAGAGGAAUAAAAUGAAUCAAAUUAGGGCGGAUAACGGCGAUUUUGUGUAUGAUGCCAUAUCUGCUAUUAAUUCAAAUGGCAAUUUUGUGAAUUUAUACCACACUGGGGAAACGGCUGACAUUGUUAGUGAUUUUGUCAUGGAGGUUGAUCUGAAGCAUCCAGGAGAUGUCAUUAAAAGGGCGACAAUUGUCAACAAUUUAGACUUCCCAAUCAGCACAAUACUUCCUUAUGCUGAAGACAGUUAUUAUACAGUAACUCUGGCAGAUCGUGUUAAUAAAGGACAUUUCCAGUUCAUUCUUGGACAGUUGACAUAUGCAGCGAUUCAGCAAUUCUCUUACAAACCUAUUAUGUGGUCUGAACCAGAAUCACUGUACGUUAAUUAUCAAUGGGCGGAAUAUGACAGUGUGAGAAAUCGUGUGUACUUACUGAUGGGCAACGAAAACUCGCCUGAUCGACUUCAGGCAAGAAUAUAUACAUACGAUAUCACUGAAGGAAACGUUUCAUGGGUUGAGGUAGAUGUUUCAGAUUAUACGUAUAUGUCUUUUCAUGUUCAUAAAAAGACAGAUUUUGCAUUGCGCUUUGUAUAA